AUGUCACAAGGUUUUUCAUUCGGCUUUAGCGGUGGUGAUGAUUCCGAUGACGAGACUUUGAACAUAGCAUCUCAGAGCGAACCCUCUACUUCUGCGAGCAAUGAAACGGAGAGCAUAAACUUGAUACCCCCACAAAAACUUGAUAUUGACGCGUUGCUCUCCAUCCUCCCGUCGCAAAUCGCAUACACCACAAUCUCAAUAACAUCACCCGGCGGCACAACACUCCGCCUGCCCCGCCGCGAACUCUUCGACAUACGCCUUCAGCUUAUCGCUGAAGAUGAAUCAGACUCACCUGCUCUCCUUGCGGGCCUAGACGACGCGGACAUCCGAACGAAUGUGUACGAAGGCGGGUUCAAGACGUGGGAGUGUAGCUUAGAUCUAGUGGCCCUAUUACUCGACUCUGCGACCAGUGGUAAAAGACCCGGAACUGUCAUUGAACUAGGCGCAGGAACAGCACUCCCAAGCGCCACAGUUCUAUGGCAGUAUCUAAGAUCGCGAACCGUACUGGCUGGCGGCGAAGCGGAGCCUGAGGGCCUAACACUAACAAUAACGGAUUACAAUUCUACCGUUCUCACACAUGCCACUCUGCCUAAUUUACUCCUCACAUAUGCAUCGACACUUCCCGCCAAAACACAUCCAUUUGCCCCAGAAAAUCCGAAUCCGUUAGCCUUUGGUAGUGAGAGCUGGCAGGAGAAUGGCUCGUUGGAGAUUACACCUGCACUCGUAGAAGCCUUCAAAGCACUACUCCAGCACGAAGUCAGAAUUACACUGAUUGGAGGCUCCUGGGCGACGGAGUCGUUCGACGCGCUUUUGCCACCGUCGGCAAUGCCUUCGAAUUACCCACUGAACAUUUCAUCGCCAGUAGAGACACUCAUCCUCGCGUCUGAAACAAUUUACUCCCCAGCUGCUACGCGCACUUUUUCUUCUGUGUUGAGUAGAUUGCUCACUCGUGCGCCGGGCGCGAGAGCACUCGUAGCUGCGAAGAAAGUGUAUUUUGGGGUAGGAGGGAGUAUGGAUGGGUUUGUGGAGGAGGCGCAAAAGCUGGGAAUGAUAUGCAGGAACGUAGAAUUCAUGUGUGGCGAGGUUGGGGGUGUUAGGAGGUGUGUACAGGAGGUUAGGGGCGAGAAUAUAGGAUAA